CCUCGCGUGUGUAUGCGUGUUCGGUGCGUUCGUGGCCGCGGGUUCUCGCGAUGCAGAGGUGGGAGUCAGAUUAGAGGUCUGAUAGACGAGGGACGAGGAAGGGUAGCGGAGCAAUCGAACGCGAAGUGGUAGGGGGAAGAGAGAGACGUGUCCGUCCAGGGUUUGGUUGCCAAACGAUCCGAGAGAUCGCGCUGGCGUCGCGUUCAGCCCGUUUGCGCGUCCGAGCCGCGGGCAGAGCUCUCAGUUGACGCUCAGUUCGGCUCAGCGAGGCCAGAGAGAAGAAAGGGAGUCUUUUCGUGUGUGUAAACAUCGCGCGUGUGUGUAUCGCCGCGACAGCCACGGGGACUGGGCCUCUCUACCUGAGAAACCUUUGGCCGCUCGUUCGCGAUCCGUGUCCAGGGGUCCGCUACCUGACUCCUGCGAACACAAGGGACCGACAACGAAGAAAAAAAAGCCGUAAAGAGGAUUGGAGUUCCCUCAACGUCCGACCACAAACGUUCCGUUUCUCCUGAUUGUGGCGAUCUUCCGAAUCGAGAUCACGUCCAAUCUGCUCCGAUCCACGGAACUACCGUUGGAUUAAACGUCGAGAGAAACGGAGUAAAGAGAAGAGAUACACGGUGCGGAGUGGAGAGCAAGUGCGCGCUCGCUGAAUAGACGUGUCGCGUGUGAAUUCGAAGAGAGUUAUGAGCAGGGUGGCCGUUGCCGUCGAGGAAGGAGACCGGACGACAUGCAGCUCGAGCAUGGCCUGGAGCGGGACGACGACAGCAAGAUCGGUGGAGCAGUGAAAGGAACGUGGUCGUACUGUUUGUACGACGCGACGCGUUCGUUCCUCUUCACGAGGGGACGUCGAUUGCCAAGUGUCUCGACCGCGACAUGGUCCAGUCGCGUACCAUUCGUUGACAAUUCCGAGCAUCCGUUAUUUUUGGUGACGUUCGACGAUCGUCAGGUCGCGUCGAACGCGCGAAACGUGAUCGUCCGUCUCGAGGAGUAACCGAGAGAACGCAUAGAUGUACUCUGUUUUGGGGUGUACGAACGACUGUUGCUAAAGGCGUGCUGUGUCGUUUUGUUUUCAUUUGUUCCAACCUCUCGCGUGUCCGCGCGUCAUCGUUGGAUCUGCUCGCACCUGAACCACUGGAACCCGCACCCGGACGUUCCACCGAUCGUUUCUCAUCGACGACGUCUCGGCACGUGGCUCAUCGUCAACCUUGAUCAACCUCGGUCGUCGUCUUGGACGUUCGUCGCGGUGGUGGUGGUGGUGGUGGUGCAUGGACCUUUGCUCGACGGAUUUGCUACGCAUUUUAUCGCGCCCCUGGGCGUCCUGGUCUUCCUCUCGUCGACGUUCUCUCUCUCUUUCUCUCUCCUCUCUCUUCCUCGUUCUCCUUCUCUGUCCCUUGCCGUGUGCCGUCUCCCUCCGACCCGCGCUUACCUACCCCUCCACCUGUCUGCCGCGCCGCUGCACACCCUCUCCUCCUCCGCCAACCCUGCACGGCCGCGCGUAUCCGUACGAUUUUCCCUAUCCCCACCUUCCGCGCGCCACCUCUGCCUUCCGCACGCGUUUUCUUUAUUUAUUCCGCGAUUCCACGGAGCAACGUACACGAUGAUUCCCGCGUUCCUCCUAUCCUCGUCGUUUUGAAAUCGUCUCGCGUAUUCUGAUCGUUCGCUCGCCGUCGACGAAUCUGUUCGGUGCUCGUCGCUGAUCGUCGACUCGCGCCUGUUCUCGACGCGACCGUCCUCGUAAAAUCCACGAUAAAAACUCCCGCUUCUUCAUUCCCGCUCCCCUCUGGCUCGCUGUCUCCGUCUCCGUCUCGUUCCACCGUCUCCUUCUCCGUCUUGUUCUGUCGGAGCAACGUCAUCUCGCCGCCGUUACCUUGCCUCCUCCGUCCUUGGACCGCAAACGAGCUCCGUAAACGCAAUCGUGCGAAAAAACGAUGCAAUCGCGAUACCCGCUCGCCUGGUGAAAAUCGACUCGCGUCGCCCGGUGAUUUUUCAUUUUCCCGCGCUCCCGAUCCUCCUCCCCGUGGAGCAACGUCCGAUCGGCAUCGAUCGGGCCACGGAAUCGGCAUCGUCGCCAUCGUUCGCCGACAUCGACAUCGCCACCGUACCGGGCAUCGUCGUUAUAACACCGUCAAUCAACUGUCACCAUCUGCACCAUCGCCGAUCACGUGGCUUGCUCGACGGCGACGCUGUACGACAAUGUUCACGCCGCGCCGCUGUGCGGCUCCGGCGUGGGCCACCCUGGCUCCGUCACGCCGAUGGGGACAGCCACCGGAGCGGGGAAUUCCACCGGGGUGACCUGGUGGGCCAUGAUGAACGGUUCCCUCUACGAGGACAGCCCGCCACCGGUCCCACCGACAGCCUCCAGCCUCGUCUCGAUCCAACAGCAGCAACAGCAACCGACCUCGACGCCUGGCUCGCAUCAGCAAGCCACGACACCGACGUCCCCGGCUGCACCGGCUUCCUCGGCAACGACAGCGCCCUCGGCACCAACGGCCAGCGCCAGCUCGACCUCGCCGAGCGCCUCGUCGGUGGCGAGCAACAGCGCGCCAGGCCCGCUGCACAUACCCGCCAAAAGGUUGACCGCCACGCCGGCAGCUUCCUCCUACGGGGAAGUCGGCUGCGUCGAUUCCUCGGCACCGUCCGCCGCUGGACCAGCGGGCGUCAUUCGUCAUUCCCACUCGUCCUCCGCUGGCUCGCAAGGCGGCUGGAGUUACAGCCCCCAUCAUCCCCAGGACUCGCAUUACUCGACCACCGCAACCGCGGGUGACUCCCUCAAUCAUCAUCAGGCGUACGGGGGAAACAAUCCCCCGACCUACUACAACCUGGCGGCCGACCCUACCUCCACGUCCGGCUCCUCCAGGGACAACCGGAAAGCGGGCACGCUCAGCUUCUGGUCACCAGCCGCGGCCACGGCCGGUUCGGCCGCCACCGGAAGCCCAGCCUCCGACUACAAGUCCUACAGCUCGGCCAGCGGGGCAACCACCAGCUCCUCCACCGGUGGUGGAUCUUCUUCCGUUGCCACAGGGGCAACGGAUCCAGCCGUCUCCUCCUGCCACCAGAGCUUCUCCCAGAGUUGGUGCAAUUACUCGCCGUACACCACGGCCAGGCAUCAUCACCCGGUCGACACGACCGGCCACCAUCAUCCUCACUCGCAAGCAGGGGUCCCGUACUUGACGCCGUCCGCGGCGGACGACCGGGGCAGGGUCACCGCCGCCAUGGUCGCCGAAGGCGCCUUUCCCCACGAUGGAUACGGUGGGCUCAGGAAUUACGGGGCACCCGAACCUGUCACCUCCAACCCGUACCCACCUCCAGUGAUGUGGGGUUCCUCCCCAUCUUCGUUGUUUCCCGCAGGUUCCCUGGCGGGAGUCGGCGUCGGCGUCGGAGUGGCAGGGAUGGGCGUCGGUUGCGGGAGUUCGAAUCCUCUGGAGUGGACCGGUCAAGUGACGGUGCGGAAGAAACGCAAGCCCUACUCCAAGUACCAGACCCUCGAGCUCGAGAAGGAGUUUCUGUUCAACGCGUACGUGUCCAAGCAGAAACGAUGGGAGCUCGCGCGCAACCUGAAUCUCACCGAGCGCCAGGUGAAGAUCUGGUUCCAGAAUCGUCGGAUGAAGAACAAGAAGAACAGCCAACGGCAAACGCAGCAGCAGAACAAUAACAACAAUAACAACAGCAGCGCAAACAACGCGAAUCACCACGCGGCGACCGGAAGCCAUCAUCAUCCGAGCGCAGGGCAUCCGCCGCCGUCGAGUCACCACGUGGUCGCGCAGGCGCACCACGCGAACGGUUCCGCGAAGCAUCAUCAGUGACCCGUGGCCUUCUCUGGGGUCGUCUUCGGCCAUCAUCAUCACAGCCACGGCACAGCGAACGGCUGCACCGGGACUGGAACCGGGACUGGUACCGGAAACGUCAGCGGCCACGCGAGCCUGGUUACAGGUCACAGCCAUACCCUUCACGCGCCCCAACCUCAAACGCCUCUGCCGACCCACGCAACCGGUGCCUCGAGCACCGUCACGCCCCCCACCGCCGUCGUUCAUCCUCACAUUCACGCACACGCUCAUCAUCAUCAGUUGGCGCACGUGGCUCAGCAGUAUCCUGCGCUUCUUCAUCAGACGCCCCAUGGCCUGGCCGCCUGAUCACCAUCCGAAAUGGCACGGACGCCCCAGAGAAAUCGUCGACCUUGCAACGACAACCUCUCGCCUUCGUCGACCUCGUCGUCGUCGUCGUCGUCGUCGUCGUGGUUGUCGUCGUUGCUAGAGGCCGGCCUAAACGACUACGUCGGAUAGAUAGACCCGCACACUUAUCGAACUUUGUUCAGCAGCUGUUCAAAGACUGCCUACCACUUGUAAGGAGAGACAACGUUUCGCGAGUAGUAUAUUAUUAUUAUUAUUAUUAUUAUUAUUUUAUUAUUAUUAUUAACGUUAUUAUUAUUACGAAUCAUCGUCAUCCCCCCACCCCCACCCCCACCUCUCCGUACCCAUCGUCAUCAUGGUUACUAUAUCCAACGAAAAGGAACACACUGUUGUAUAGAAGAGCGUGAUUUAGCGGCGUCCUUGGAACGUCCAUCAGCAGACUCUUUUUCCGCGUAUCGGUGUCAGGUGUCGUCGGUCUUCUUCGAGUAGCGCGCAUUAUCGUAUAUGCGACACCAAGCAAUCUGUCCAAUUCGUAAUUCGGUAGUACUUCCUCCAGUUAUACAUAUUAUAUAUAUAUAUAAUAUAUAUAUAUAUAGAGUAAAGAAAAUUAGUGUCACUUAGUAUCUGUCCUAACCCGUGUGUCACCCCUCUUCGUUACAGCCUGGACGAACUACUCCUGCUCCUCAUCCCCUCAAUCUUAUCAGGUCCAACAGCCCAAAAGCAUGUACGGUAGGUCAGAGUGAUUCCAGCAGACGAGAGAAAGUCGCCAGCAUCGGUGCCGAUCUAAACACCCUACCUUUCGGGCAGGUGUCUCGAUGGGCACUUGGUGUUUCUCUCUUUAGACAAGACUCACCGUGGCCUGGCGUACGUUUGCGCUGUAUUGCACUGUUCACCUCGACAGUCGGAAGGAAAAAGAGUUAGAGAACCGUUCGAGAAGCGACGCCAUUGGGUCCCGUGGCUACGACACUGCGGUCUGUCGAGGAUCGCCAGAAGGGUGGCUCGUUUGCUGCAGGGGUAAGUUAGUGGAAAGAGCACGAAUAGUUUCGAUCGGGAUGGAUACUUGGGGUUAGUUUGCUUCGCGUAUUUACAAGGGGCGGUAUCGCGGAUUUUUCAUCUCAAUCUAAUUAAAUGCAAGGGAUAGCUUCGCGCCACGAUAAACGUCCGUCGCUGCUAUCUGGGAUUCUUGGAGAGUAACAUUGACGUUUAGAGUUGGGCAGACUUUUUCUUGAACUCGUAACAAAUAAUUCGUGUAGGUUAUUCGUGUGUUAGAGAUUUUUUAUCAAUAUAAUUUCUCGGGUAAAAGUUUCAUCGAAAUAUAGCGUAAUGCCCAAGUCUCGUGGACACCGUACGGUGCGCAAUCGAUCGACGUCUUGGUUGGUGUGUUUGCACAGUCUACGGGUGUGCGUCGGUCCAAUUUGCUCCACGCUUCGUCGUGGGACAAGCCAAAUCGCAAUGAAUCGAUCGUUUCACGGGAUCCAAUGAACUCCUUUCGUCGUCGCCAGUCGAGUUGAGCAGUGAGACGCAGACAAAGUUCCGGUUCCGUACACAAUCCCAGGAAAGAUUAGUAGAUCCAAUUUGCAGGAAUUCGUUCGGACCGAAGGAAAGAAACAAGACUCUUUGGAUCGCUGAUGAACAUUAGCGCGAUCCCAAAGCGUUCAGACCUUUGUAGAUAACUUCUCUAUUCAACGUCGGGCGUUUCCCCCGCUAGCGUCAUCAGCGAUUCAAGGAAUUCCGAGAUGAAAGUUGGAAAUUGGAACGGGUCGGCGGGUCUUCGACGCAGUUAAUUUGAGAAUUUCGAGAACCCGCGAGUGGACCCGUUUCGAAGCUACCAUGCGUUCGGAGAAUUAGUCUAAUUAUGUCCAGAAUGUCAUAUUUGUCGCCUACCAAGGAUCGCAAACUAGUACCUAUAAUUCUUAUAUUAUAUGUAAAAACAAACGACUUAGAUUUAAAGACAUACCUAGAGGACUACCGGGUGGUCGAGGCCACCACUCCAAGGCUGAGAUUAGGAUCUUCGAAACUAUGGUGUUAAGGGUUAGGCUGUUCGUGAUCGAAGAAAGGGCGAGCAACGGAACUGGAAAGCGUCGCUUCAUUGAAUAGCGUUUGGAUCGAGGCGAAUGGACUUCGAUUGUUGAUUGUUUCGGUAUUAUUAGAUUGUUAAAAGUGAGAUUUUCGGUUCUAUUCUUUUUAUCGUCAGAUCCAGAAAAGAGUUCCCGCGUAUGUGUGUGUGUCUAUGGAAUAUUAUUGUUCAUCCACGAAACGUGCGAGUAGUAUCCAUCAACGUUGAUUGUUGAAAACUUGGUGGAUGCUCUUCGAUUGUAAUUAGUUGAAGAGUAUUCGAUUCGACGUUACAGAACUGAGUGUUGUCGAACGUUGAAGACACUGUUGUAUUCGCGAGGAAGUCAGAGCUGAGAGGUAAACGAUAUCCAGUGAACGCCUCCCUCCAUCGGACACCUUUCACGAGUUGCAAAAAUAAGAUUGUAAGCGUGGUUAGGUCGCAAUUCGAACCUCACUGGCGGUCCCAGGCGAUGUUCAUCCUUGAAUCUGAUGACUGCACGAUGAGAUCUCAAGAUCUAAAAAGAUACGAGACGUUCAAAGACUUUCAGCUCUGGAAGAUUCCAAGAUUUAAAAAAUUGCCAGAUAUAUCCAAGGAAGAAGGGAUCUAGAAAUGAGGCCAAUUCAAAUAAUCUAAUCUGGCGAAUAGAAAAUUGAAACCCAGACGUCUAAUUGGCCGCGAAGUUCCACUUUCAGAUUCGAGGACGAACGUAAUCUCGGACAGCCAUGAGAGGACAGUCGCGCAACGAUCAGCAGCAGGAGUAGCAAAGGGUGUUCCAAGCGAUCUCGAGAACGAAGUCCUAAUCGUGGCCACGGAGCGAUAAGGGCGAAACGUUUACUACCUUUUAAUCGGUACGUCAGCGAGUAAGUAGGUAAUUUAAUCGGAUGUUAAAUGAAAAUAAAUAUCCCAGUGGAUCUCUAUUCUCUAAGGUGCAACAUUAUCUAAAUUGUAAGGACCGCUGAACGCGAGUGUGCAUGCCUACGAUAUGCUAUAUAUAAAUGUACACAUACACGCGUAUUUUCUGUAUGUCCUUGCCCAUGCUCAUGCGCGCGUCGACGAAUCGCAAAGACGGUGAUUCGAACACGUAUGUUUUAUUUACGAAUUAAAUUUCCAAAUAUUGAAGAAGUUAGAAUUUCAAGAAAAAUCAAGCAGUCGAUCAUGUACAUUACGCGACAAAUUUGUAUUCGGCCAGUAACUAACGAGAAAUCCUCGCGAAAAUUGUAUCCCAUCUCCGAUUGAAAUCGUGGACGUGCGCGUGUGCGCUGGCUCGCGAGCGCGUGAGUGCGAGGGAGAAAGGGAGAGCGUGCGUGCGUGCGUGCGUGAGAGGAAAACGGAUGGAGUGUCUCUACAGAUAAUAUCCGCGACUCUAAAGGCGAAGACGAACGGAAACGGGACGUGUAUCGUAUGACGUGAACAGGAGCGAGAUGCGUAUCGUAUAAUUAGGCUAAACUUAAUUGAUGGAGACGUAAAUGCGGAAAACACACGAACCACACGUACACACGAGUAACAAACACACAGCCACCCACACGAAACGCGAGGUUGGGACUCGCAUUAACCCUCCGCUGGCCGCGUGAUCAAUUGUCACGUAUUCGGGGUGCGUGGACUACAAUCGUAGCCCGCUAAAAAAAUUAUUAACUCAACUUUUCUUGAUUGUCCAAUUCGUUUACAAGGAUGUCCUUUUACAAAAGCUAUCAGAGCCUCUCUUAGGGGCAGUGGAGAAAGUUGACGAACUGUAGUCCACGUGUCCACUCGGGGGUUAACCGAUAAUAUAGUUCUCCCAGGAUUACAAUUAUGGUACAUUAAUUGUGUAACGACGACUAAAUAUGAUACAGUGUAAGUAACGCGAGGAAACGAGGAUAGUAAGAGGAUUCGAGACGUGUAACGAGCCGUAUAAGGGAAAAUGGAGGAAAACAAGUGAGAAAUUCCGCGAGCGUAUAGGUGUCUGACAGAGAUGGACAAAAUUUUAUGUCAUUGGAAUGAUAAACAACGAGAACAAUCAAACGUAUAGUGUUAUUCGAUAAUUCAUUCGAUAAUUGAAAUUUUAACUCUUAUUCUACUAGUAACGAGUGGCAAGUUGGCUGUCUUUUUAAUCGUUACAGGUGGUUCUUAUUUAAAUGACAAUGUUGGCCAUCUCUGGUCCCCGGACGCCGAAGGUGAGGAAUGCGGUCUACGGACCGUUUGGAAUUCACCGCGUAUCGAUUGCAAUUAGUUGCUAAUUGUUCUGCUGCUGACGAUGUUCAUCGCGAUUUUUAAGAUUAUUACGAUUAUUAUUAUUAUUAUUAUAUCAUUAUUAUUAUAUUAUAUUAUUAUAUUAAUUAUUAUUAUUAUUAUUAUUAUUGUGAGCGUCACGUUAAUAUUAUGUUAUUGUUUUUAUUGUGUGUUGUUUUGUAUGUACCUAUCAGUCUAUAACGAUCACUAUAUUAUUAUUGCGACGGUGACGACACAAUAGAUCCACACGCGCGUGUACAAGUAUACAGACACAUACACAUUCACAGACACACACGAAACACACGGCUAAGAAAAUAUACAGAGGAACACGGUGGUUGUUAAACUGUGCGCGAAUAUUUUUUUAAUUCAUCGCAAGCCACGUCGGGGGAUCAUUUCUCGACCUGCUCACACGAUGUAGCGCAGUGUUUCUCAAACUCUCGGAAGACAGUUUAUAAAUACUAUAAAUACAGACUAUUUUAUAAAUAGUACUCCAAAGGAAAUUAAUUUAUUAUUAAACAGCAUCAGGAAAACAUCAAAAUCUCACGAAGCCUGCGAUAACGGCAACUCUAUCCUCAUAUUUAUUUUUGUCGUUGCUCGUUAGUUUUACUCUAGGUAGUCGUCAAGAAGGCGAAGUUCGAGAAACACUGUUCUAGGUCACAUCGUACGGGGGUCACCGUUUCAUUUCUUUUUUUUCUUAAUUCGUUCCAGAGAAUAUUUCCCAAUUUCCUCUGUUAUUUCGUUUCUUUUUCUUCUUGAAAUGUUACUUUCGUUUAGGACCGUGUUCGCGAGAGCGUUAUUAAAUUUUACUUGUUCGAAAGCUUUAAAGCGCGCGUCGACGGAACAAGAAGCGACGCGACUACCGCUCGAGAAUCGAUCCGAACAGUCUACAGGGAUUUUUGCGACAGCGAUCGACGAUAUUGAGUUCUCGAGGUAUCGGGGAGAUAGGGUGAGACAGAGCUGGGCAGAAUUUUUCAUCGAAUAACAAAUGGAACAUCUGCAUCUCAUUCUCGACAUUUAAUCAAACUAUUCAGUUAUGUUCUUAUUUAAUUAAAUUUUCAAAUUUGUAUUACGUAUCUUCGAUUCCAUAUUCAGGAUGAAUUAUCUCGAUAAGAAUUGUGCCCCUCUUUGGCGUGAUAGUGAAAGAGUGAUUGAACGAAAGUGCGUGCGCGCGUGUGUG